AUGGCAUCCCAUCUCGUGUUAACUUCCAGGCUUACUGCUACCUCCUCCUUCUUCUUCUUCUUCUUCUUCUUGUGUCUCGUAGCUCGCCACCACUUAGAAGCUGCGGAGUACACGGUUGGCGACGCCGACGGAUGGGACACCGGCAUCAACUACCUCCUCUGGUCCAAUAAGUACAACUUCACCGUCGGCGACGUGUUAGGUAACGUCAUGAGAGUCGAUCAUCUCCUGCAAGCAGCCGCUUCGGAUUUCUCGUUUACUGAUCGAUGUGUUCCGACGCACGCAGUGUUCAAGUACGUGCAGGUGCAGCACAACGUGUACCAGGUGACGGAGGAGACGUACCGUUCAUGUGACUCGAGCACCGGCGUGACAAGGACGUACGACAGCGGCGACGACCGCGUGACGCUGGGCGAGGCCACGAGCUACUGGUUCAUAUGCACCAUCAACGGCCACUGCCAGGCCGGAAUGAGGCUCGCCGUUAGCGUGGCGAAGUCGAGCUCAGACGGAGGCGGUGCCACCUCCGCUGCACCGUCGCCGCCGGAGCAGGGCAACGGGGCGGCCGGAGGGCGCAUGGGGUGGUGGUGGAAAGCAUGGAUGUUGUGCCUGUCGUUAUGCCUGUUGACUUGGUUGAACUGCUUUUGA